UUUGUUUGUUCCGCACACGGCAGCAGCAGACUCACACACACCCACUUUUUUCCCAGACACUUGCAACCAUAUACACAAACCAUCGGGCGAGGUGUCCAGAGCUGCAACCACCCGGUCCAACAUGGCCAAGUCGAGUGAUCUGAAGAUCUUCCUGGAGUCUUCUCUGAACGAGAUCUUUAAAGCCACAGUGAGCGACAUCCUGGACUCAGUGGACCGGACCCUGUCCGAGUACCAGGGCACAAUACGGAGGAUCGAGUCCGAAAAUGAGGGCCUGAAACGGCUGCUGUUUGCACAGAAGAGCACCGAGUCUGCUGCAAGGGAUGUUCAUGAACAAGACGCCACUGAAAAGUUUUCGACAUCAGAAUGGAACAAUCAUGCUAUCAACUCCACCCAGAGCACGUUCAAGGUGUCUAUAUGCAGCAGUGACAAGAAGAGCACCAGGAGGAAGCAGAAAGACAAGAUGAGGGAGAGCACGUCUUCUUCCCCCUUUUUACUGCAGACUGAUCGUAUGGUAGAAAGCCCCUGUGUGAACGCAGCAGAGGCAGGCAUGUCCACCCAGAACUUGAUAUCUGUAAAAACAGAGCCUUGCCUGGAUGAAAACGGUGCUAUUGACCUCUCCCAGCCUCCCUCGCUUCUCAAUCUGACUAUGAGGCCGAUAAAAAACGAGAGCACAGAGGUCAGUUUUGACAGUCAUGAUGCGUAUGCGCCGCUGCCGCCAUCUACAGGCCUGGAACAGGACUCCAGAGGCAGCGACAGUGAAGUUAAAGUCACCAUUGUUUCAGACACUUACAUGCAGGAUGGACAGUUCAUUAAGACGGAGGAGGAGGAGGAGCAGAACGGGGUGUUGGAUUAUAGUGACAAUGACUGUUUCUCCAAGCAAGAGUUGAAGCAUGUGUUGAGGUUUUACCCUGAAUCAGGAAUAGAUCCUGAUGCAGAGAGCAGACAGGAUGUGGAGCCAGGGGUGGUGGCGCACGAGGAAAAUGCUGCUGUUCCCGCAGAUGAGUAUUUGGAGAUCCGUGACAAUUUUUUGCGCUGUCCCUCUUGUCCCAAAACGUUUAGUAGAGCAGCCUCGCUCAACAUCCACAUCAAGACACACAGUGCUGAGAAGGCCCACAGCUGCAGCUACUGUGGCAAGCGCUUCGGCCGGGCGGAUCUUCUCAAAUCGCACAAGCGCACCCACACAGGAGAAAGACCCUAUAGCUGCAACAUCUGCAGUAAAACGUACGCCCAUCCCAGUCAGCUUAGGAUACACAAACGUGUCCACACUGGGGAGAAGCCUUAUUCCUGCUCACACUGUGGGAAGUGCUUCAACGAGCACAACCAGCUCAAAGUCCACUUGCGGACACACACUGGGGAGAGGCCUUACAGCUGCCAGGAGUGUGGCAAAACGUUCAGCAACGCGGGCAACCUGCGUAUACACGAGAGGAUCCACACCGGUGAGAAGCCAUACUGCUGCGCUCAGUGCGGGAAAAGGUUCAAUGGCUUGGGCGACCUCAAGACACACUACAGGAUUCACACUGGAGAGCGGCCCUACAGCUGCGAGCUGUGCAAGAAGACCUUCAGCCAGGCGGGCCACCUCACCAUACACAUGCGGAUGCACACGGGAGAAAGACCAUACAGCUGCAACGAGUGCGGCAAGAAGUUCACGGUGGCCAGCAGCCUCAAGCUGCACCAGAGGACUCACACAGGCGAGAAGGAGUACAGCUGCUCGUACUGCAGCAAGAGCUUCAGCAGGUCGGGCCACCUGAAGAGACACGAGCUGGUCCACACCAAAGAGAAGGUCUUCCUCUGCAGCCAGUGUGGGAAGACCUACACCGACCAGUCCUCGCUUAAGAAGCACCUGAAGAUGCACGCAGCCAAGGAGCAGAAGGCUCAAAGCGACGGGGGCACCAGCGAGGCUGAAACAAACCGACCCUCAGCCUCAGAGACACUUUCAGACACUGAUAGAAAUUAGAACCAAAUUUUUAAAAAAUGAGUAUAUUGGCUGUACAUCAAGCUCAUGUUAUAGCUAUUAUAGAAACUCAUCUCACAGCCUACAUCAACAGGGUAUUACAAACUGUUGUGCAGUAUUUUUGUGUCUAAUAUGUGUCCAAACUCUUCAAACUGUUGCUCAAAUUGGACUUCCUGAAUCAUCUUUCAUCGUCUCUCCAGUACCUUAAACAACAUCCACCCACCUGUGCUGUUUUAGUGCAGCGUUGUUUUCAGUCCACUAAGGUUGUGUGCUGUGGUUGAAAAGCUCCAGAAAAAGCUAGCAAGUGGAGCUUUAGUUAAAGAAAUACUUCAACCCCCAAAUGACCAUUUGUAUGUUUUUCUCCCAUGUCGCAAGUGAAUGAAGAAUUCAAAAAUUGAGAAAAUUCUAGUUUUGGUCUAGUUUUGCUGUUUAAUAACAGCAAAACUAGACCAAAACAUCCAUGACAAACUCUCACACACCUCAUGCCGUAUAAUUCAAGUCCCAUUUAUCCAGUCGUUUGCUCAGUACCUCCCAAACAGACAGCCCUUUCCAACAGGGAACUGAACAGAAAGUGCAUCUUACUGAUGCUCUCUUCAAUGCCAGACCCCAUUGACAAAAACAGUAAUUUUACCUCACUGAAUACCAGGUCUUCUGGUCCUCCACUGCCUCGAUCAGAUAGUUUGUUCCUGUAAUUGUGUGACUUUGGUGAAUCCAAACUAACCUGUAAAAACACCAAAGUCACACAGUAACACAAACAAACUAACUGAGCGAUGCAGUGGUAGACCAGCAGCUCCUGCAUUCAGCGAGGUAAAAUUACUGUUUUUGUCAAUGGAGUCUGGCAUUGGAAGGAGCUUCAAUUAAGUUUCACUUUCCGCACAGUUCCCCGCUGGAAAUGGUGCACUGUUUGCGAACUACUGAGCAAAAGACUGGAUAAAUGAGGCUGGGAUUAUACUGCACGAGUUGUAUGGGUUUGUAAAUGCAUGUUUUGAUACAGUUUUGCUGUUGUUAAAUUGUUAGAUUCAUCAGGAUAUUUUUCCGUCACCACGGUGGCAUGUGAGAAAAUUCACCAUAACAUGGGGUGAGUAAUUGAUAUACAAAUGCUCAUUUAAGAAGUGAAGUAUUGAUUGUUUUUGUCUAACUGCUGUUCCUGAGGUCAAGGAUGAGCUCUCAUGCUCCAAACUGUAUGUGAUGUUUGUGGUACAGUGCAAUACACUGUUGUCUAAUCUUUGCUGUGAUAUAGGUCCAAAUAUUUAGCAGUUCCUUACAAUUAAUGACUUUUAUUUUCAUUGAUUCUUGUAGUCGUCUCAACAUGGUGUAAAGAGACAGAAAACGGGACCCUAAAAGAACAGAUGUUCUUUUAAACAUGCUGUUUGUUACCAAAAUGUUGGUAGUGUGUUUUUAAAAUGCUUUAAAGUAAAAGAAAUACUGAAUGCAGUGUCUGUCGGAGUGACAGGAGGUGCUAGUGGUUUCUACCACCCUGCUGAAGCAAGUCACUGAAUCCCUGGUCCAGGUUUCUGUCUUGCAGCUGGUCCUGACCUUUGACCUCCCUGUGGAGAAAAUAAGUUUCCCCCACAGGGGUCAGUAAACUAUAACAAUAUAAUUGUUUUAGACUGAAGAUGCUUCUUGCACAUGUAUUCACUUUGUAGUAGCCCGAGGGUUAGAAAUGUGUGCUGCAACAGUGACUUAAGGUGAAGAUCAUUAAUAUAUUGCUGUAUAUAGCUUUAACUCUACAGUCAGCAGUCUGAUCCAUCGAACUGACACGAAUGUAUUUGUGUAAUAACGUUACUGCAGAUAUUCAGUACUGAUCGACCUGCUUUUAAUAGUAAAUUAAUAAUUGUUUUGUAAGCCAUGCUGAUUUCAAAGAAUGUCGAGCUUUUAGAGGAUGUGUUUUAGGUUCCUCACUGUGCUGCCAGGAAACACGUCUGAAACUGACACACAGGGGUGAGACGUCAUGUUUAUGAUGAUAGGGCUACCGUUUGUUGUGGCAACUGGUUGAUAUACCUGCACAGCAAUGUAUAUUAAACUGAGUGUUUGCUACUAGGAGUUUAAUGUGACUUACUUUUGUGUGAUUUGUGUCUAAAUUAAAGAGAAACAUUAA